CAGAGUGCAGACGGAUUGAUGUGGCGGAUUAUGGAUCGCGUAGAUAGUAAACACUCGUACAACAGCUGUACUUUUAUCUAGUCCGAUUAAGAUAAAUGACGAGUAUCGCAAAUGAGGCUGUCGCGCGCUCAAGAUUAUCUACUAAAAAGUAGUUGAUGUCGCAGAUAAAUCAAAUUGGAUCUCAAGGAGAAAUUAUGCUCGGGAACCAUAUCGUGUGACAGUGCUCGCUUAGGUUAUGUUGUGCUGUCAAAGUGUUUAUAGCAUCACGAAAAACUCGUCGUAUAUUGCAUAUUCUGCGCAUUCUCUGCGACCGUAAAGAACAGUCGAGGCCACGAUGGGCGACCAUAUCGGCGAUAACAUACUAAUUCCGCAAGUCGAUAAUGUCAUGUUAAUUGACAAGAGUGACGGCAGUAACAAGAGUAUGGAUGGAACACUGUGUAUCAGCGGUCACCAUCUUAUUUUAUCUUCCAGACAAAACGACGGCCAGGAGCUUUGGCUGAUGAACCGAAACAUCGACGUCGUGGAGAAGAAAUUGAACACUCAGAGCGCCGGAGGUAGCAUAAUAUUAAAAUGCAAGGACUUUCAGAUCCUCCAGUUAGACAUUAAUUCCACCAAUGACUUAACCAAUGCUGUGUUAUCCAUAGAGAAGCUGAUAUCGCUUGAUCAAACUCUACAAUAUCCAUUCUUCUAUCGACCACAGGCCUCCAACAACACCAUCGUACAAAUAGAAGAUGGAUGGACAGCGUUCGCGCCUGUCUCCGAAUGGUCUAUAUUAUUGGCGACACACGCGGACGAGUGGCGCAUCAGUUACUUAAACAGAGAUUACAAAGUUUGUAACUCAUACCCAUCGGCCGUAAUAGUGCCGCGUCAAAUAGACGACAAAGUUAUAGUAGCUUCCGCCAGCUUUAGAGACGGUGGCAGGUUUCCUGUUUUAUGCUACAGAUACGAAAGCGGGAGCAUAUUGUUGAGAAGCAGCCAACCACUGUGUAGUGCUACUGGUAAAAGGUGCAAAGAAGAUGAAAGACUGUUAAACGCGGUUCUGGGUCCCGGUAGACGUGGGUACAUAGUAGACACCAGGUCAGUUAAUCAGGCGAUAAGCGCUAAGGCCCGAGGUGGAGGUACGGAAAUGGACACGGCUUACCCGCAGUGGCGCAAAGUACACAAGCCAAUUCCUCGACCGCACGACUUGGCGGAUGGUUUCUUCAAGUUGAUAGACGCUUGCAACGACGUGAACAGUUCGACCUCGCAGUGGCUGUCAAAGUUGGAUAGUAGCGGCUGGCUGUCCGCAGUGCAAAGCGCUUUGGACGCUGCUUGCGUCACCGCGCAGUGCCUGCAUCAAGAAGUCGCGGCUGUGUUGGUGCACGGCAGCGCAGGCAGAGAUUCUACAUUGGUGGUGACCAGCUUGGCCCAGGCGAUACUGAAUCCCGAUUGUCGAACUGUACGGGGACUUCAGGCGCUGAUAGAGCGCGAAUGGCUGCAGGCAGGUCAUCAAUUUUUCAGCCGGACUCGUUCCGGAGCCUAUCAGCCGUCGCACUCGCAGAAUCCGACACACGCUCCGACUUUUCUCCUCUUCCUCGACUGCCUGUAUCAAUUACAUCAUCAGUUUCAAUUCAGUUUCGAAUACACGGUGGAGCUGCUCAUAGAAUUGUACAAACAUGCCUACUCCUCGAACUACGGUACAUUCUUAGGCGAUUCGGAAGCUGAGAGGAUCAAACUGCGACUGUCCGAGCGAACUUACAGCCUAUGGUCGUAUAUGAAUCAGCCGGACGUUCUGGAACAGUGGAUAAAUCCCUUGUACGAGCCAAAUCCGGGAGUGAUCUGGCCGAGCGUCGCACCCAUCAGCAUACAGCUGUGGCGGGAACUCUACCUCGCACAUACGAGCGCCGCUCCGUGGAAUGGCUUGCUCGCCUACGCCAAGCAGAUCAAGCAGAAUCACAUCGCGGUGCGCAAAGUGGCCGGGCAGCUGCAGGCUCAGAUCAAGCAAGCCUUGGAGGAGAUCCGGUCGGAUUCGGACAUGUCGCAGGAUACGGAUGCUCGAGGAGAGGAAGUGGCGGUGGAAGAGUCGGGAGAAGAAAUUUAUCCAUGUAUAGCUCAAUUGAGCGUGGACUCACAGAGCACUUGAUACCGAUUGUAGAAAUUGAGGGAACAUGCAAGUUCGCGCUACCGAGUAUGAUCUCGUCGAUACGCCUUCGAUACAUGUGUGCGUCUCAUAAGAAUCGAUAGUUUCCACGAACCUCGUUUUCACCUGCCACGAAGCACGCGCGUUGGAUUCCUAACGUAAUAAUCUCGACAUUCCCUGAUUGAAAUGUUUAUACAUCACGGAGCAGAUUAUUCGUAUUGAUAUGAAUUCGAAUACUGUAUAUAUUUGUGUUUCUGUGUGUGUGUGUGUGUACGCGCGCGCGCGCGUACGGGUGGAUAUUUUGUCUAGUUAGUCGAGCUAUAUACAUCACAUGAAUCUUCGCCUAAAAUAACGAGCAAAGAACACAUUACACAAGUGUCACGUUCAGUGUAAACGAUUCAGAUAAGGUAUGAAUUGUGAUAUUUUUUAUUUCAUGAUCGAUACGACUUGUAUUAUACAUUUAACAUAAUUGAUAAUGUCUCAUACAUUGCGCGUGUAUGUGUGUAUAUAUAUAUAUAUAUAUAUACAUACAUACACACACACAUACACGUAUAUAUACACAUAUAUAUACACACACAUCACUGUACAUGUAACUUAUUUAUCCACAAAGCAAAGUAAUAUUGAUAGGUAUAAAGAUACAGAGGCUGUACAUUACAAAAACUCAUUAUUAAAAAGCGUGUAACCUCGA